GUACGGAACAGUCAUUGAGGAGGUUUCAGCAGAUAUCCUCUUUGGAACUUGUGGCUCUAGCUGCGCAGAUGUCACGGAUGUCUCUUCUCCUGGCUGCUCUCAGGCUCAGUGGGAAGGCUGGACAAUGCAGACCGGAAGCCUGGGCGAUGACUCUGUGAAUGCCAUUGAGGUAGAUUCUCUGAAUGGCGUUCAUUUGGCUGGGGAGACCGACUUUAAGAUUCUUGUUACGAAGCUUGAUGGUGCAGGGGCCCAGCUGUGGAGCGUCACCUUUAAUAGCGGCGGUGAGGAUGCUGCUCUUGCUUUGAACAUUGAUGCUUUUGGUAGCAUCAUCAUAGCCGGCUACGCCACGAAAAACUUGGACGGAAGUUUUAAGCCUGCCCAAGACAAGGACUAUUUUGCCAUGAAGCUGGACAGCGUCGGAUCCCAGCAGUGGAUAUACCAGCAAGGAAGCACCUCUGAUGAUGCAGCAUGCGCUGUUCACACAGAUGCCUCCGGGGAUAUAGUUCUAGCAGGCUACACUGACGGCGACCUGUUUGGUACCCUUGGUAUGAGGGAUGCAUUUGUCAUGAAACUGAACGCUGCAGGAUCCUCAGUGUCUUGGGAGCUGCAGUUUGGAUCUGAUUCCGAUGACUCUGCCGAUGCUGUUCAAAUAGAUUUGUCUGGAUACAUCUUCGUGGCGGGCUUCACUGAUGGCAUAAUGGGUUCCGCAUCUCUUGGUGGUGCUGACAUAUUUGUCAUGAAGUUAACUAGCGAAGGGGUCCCACAAUGGACCUUUCAAUCUGGAAGCACUGGGAAUGACUAUCUCGCGGGGCUGCGUCUCGAUUCAUCAGGCUUCCCUGUUGUGGCUGGCACCACGGAUGGUUCGGUGGAUGGGCAUAUGAACAGCGGGGGCCAGGAUGCUUUUGCCAUGAAGCUGCAGCUUGCUGGUGGGGCCUCAGUCUGGUCAUGGCAAGGAGGAACCACUGAUGAUGAUUCGAUGCACGCCAUUGGGAUCGAUGCUUCUGACAAGAUCUUCUUAGUUGGUGAAACACUUGGAGAUAUCGAUGGCUUCUCAGCCGUUGGCGGAUGGGAUGUGUUGGCGGUGAAACUCUCGAGUGAUGGGUUACUGGAGUCUGGCAUCCAACGAGGCACCGACCAGGAUGACGCCGGAAAAGCAGCUGGCUUUGACCGUGCUGGAAAUCUCAUCCUGGCUGGCAACACAGCUGGAGCCUGGAGUGGAACCAAUGCUGGGUCGCUGGAUGCUUUUGCGAUGAAGGUGACUUGGCAAUGA